AUGGCUGGAGCUAUCGCUCAGUCGUCGCUCGUCUCCGCGAGCGUGGUCCUUCAUGGCGGUAACAAGUCUUCUCGACGCUCGCGGCGCCCGUCGUCAACCGUCGCCAGCGUCGCAGCCCCUCGUUCGCUUCAAUCAUUCACGGGACUAAGGCGUCCCGGCCAAGCUGACGUGACACUCAGGGGCUCUCCAUCGUUGGCAGCGAUAGUUGCGAAGCAGACGAAAGCCGGCUCGUCCGGCGCCGCCAAACGCGGCGUCGCUGUCGCCAUGUUCGAGCGCUUCACAGAGAAGGCGAUCAAGGUGAUCAUGCUCGCGCAGGAGGAGGCGCGGCGGCUCGGACACAACUUCGUGGGCACGGAGCAGAUCCUCCUGGGGCUCAUCGGCGAGGGCACGGGGAUCGCCGCCAAGGUGCUCAAGUCGCUGGGCGUCAAUCUCAAGGAGGCGCGCGUCGAGGUCGAGAAGAUCAUCGGCCGCGGCUCGGGGUUUGUGGCCGUGAUCCGUAUGGUGGGCGAGAGUGCGGAGGCCGUGGGCGCCGGCGUGGGCGGUGGCAGCAGUGGCAAUUCCAAGAUGCCAACGCUGGAGGAGUAUGGCACCAACCUCACCAAGCUUGCUGAGGACGGCAAGUUGGAUCCAGUGGUGGGGCGUGUGGCACAGAUCGAGCGAGUCACCCAGAUCCUGGGUCGCCGCACCAAGAACAACCCCUGCCUCAUUGGCGAGCCGGGCGUGGGCAAGACCGCCAUUGCUGAGGGCCUCGCACAGCGGAUUGCUUCUGGAGACGUGCCUGAGACGCUGGAGGGGAAGAAGGUCGUGACACUAGACAUGGGUCUGCUUGUCGCCGGGACAAAGUACCGUGGAGAAUUCGAGGAGCGGCUGAAGAAGCUGAUGGACGAGAUCAAGCAGGCGGACGACAUCAUCCUCUUCAUCGAUGAGGUGCACACGCUCAUCGGCGCGGGGGCCGCCGAGGGCGCAAUCGACGCAGCCAACAUCUUAAAGCCCGCCAUGGCGCGAGGGGAGCUGCAGUGCAUCGGCGCGACGACGAUUGACGAGUACAGGAAGCACAUUGAGAAGGACCCGGCGCUCGAGAGGCGGUUCCAGCCGGUGCAGGUGCCGGAGCCGACCGUGGAUGAGACGAUUCUCAUUCUCAAGGGGCUGAGGGAACGCUAUGAGAUUCACCACAAGCUCAAGUAUACUGAUGAGGCGCUCGCUGCUGCGGCCCAGCUGUCCUACCAGUACAUCAGUGACCGCUUCCUGCCAGACAAGGCAAUCGACUUGAUCGACGAGGCAGGGUCCCGGGUGCGGCUGCAGCACGCGCAGCUACCAGAGGAGGCCAAGGAGCUGGACAAGCAGCUGCGGCAGAUCACCAAGGAGAAGAACGACGCCGUUCGCAACCAGGAAUUUGAAAAGGCCGGCGACUUGCGCGACCAGGAGAUGGACCUGAAGACGCAGAUCAACGCUAUCAUGGAGAAGAGCAAAGAGACGAACAAGGCAGAGAUCGAAGCUUCCGGUGGUGCGAUCGGCCCAACAGUCACCGAAGCAGAUAUUCAUAGCAUUGUGUCCGCGUGGACGGGCAUUCCAGUGGAGAAGGUUUCGAGUGAUGAGAGCAACCGGCUGCUGCAGAUGGAGGGCACGCUGCACAAGCGAGUAAUUGGCCAGGACGAGGCGGUGAAGGCGAUCUCCCGCGCGAUCCGGCGCGCCCGCGUCGGGCUGAAGAAUCCCAACCGUCCGAUCGUGAGCUUCAUCUUUUCCGGGCCGACUGGGGUGGGGAAAUCGGAGCUGGCAAAGUCUCUCGCGGCGUAUUAUUUCGGGUCGGAAGAGGCAAUGGUUCGGCUGGACAUGUCUGAGUUCAUGGAGAGGCAUACUGUGUCGAAGCUGAUUGGCUCGCCGCCCGGUUACGUGGGGUACAGUGAGGGCGGGCAGCUGACGGAGGCGGUGCGAAGAAGGCCGUAUACGGUGGUGCUGUUUGACGAAAUCGAGAAGGCCCACCCUGAUGUCUUCAACAUGAUGCUGCAGAUUCUGGAGGACGGGCGUCUGACGGACAGCAAGGGCCGUACAGUGGACUUUAAGAACACGCUCCUCAUCAUGACAUCGAAUGUCGGUUCAUCCGUGAUCGAGAAGGGCGGCGGAGGCAUCGGCUUCCAGCUGGACUACGGCGAGAAGGACACGAGCUACAACAGAAUCAAAUCCCUAGUGAAUGAGGAGCUGAAGCAGUAUUUUAGGCCGGAGUUUCUGAUCCGGCUGGACGAGAUCAUUGUGUUCCGCCAGCUGACGAAGCAGGAGGUGAAGGAGAUCAGCGAUAUCAUGCUGAAGGAGGUGUUUGACAGGCUCAAGAAGAAGGACAUCGACUUGCAGGUGACGGAGAGGUUCAGAGACAGAGUGGUUGACGAAGGCUACAGUCCUUCCUACGGCGCCCGGCCGCUGCGGCGAGCCAUCAUGCGGCUUCUUGAAGACAGCAUGGCAGAGCGCAUGCUCUCAGGGGAGAUCAAGGAGGGCGACAGUGCCAUCAUUGAUGUGGAUGCUGAUGGGAAUGUGACUGUGCUGAAUGGCAACACUGGCACUGCUACGUCUACCGUCAUUGAGGCCCCUGCUGGGAUCUCUUAG